GCGCGGGGAGGGGAGCUCGGGAGGGCGGCAGCGCGCGUUUGCGAGCUGCGAGCAGAACCGGUGGCGGCGCGCGGAGGCUUUGCUAAAAAUAGCAACUCUUGGGGAGGGCAGUGGAGGGUGGAGAUGGGAGGGAGGCGGAGAGGCCGGGCCGGGAGCUCGGAGCGGCGGAGGCUGGGCGGGGCCGGACCCGCGGCGGGAGCGCCGGAGACCCGCAGGCCGGGGAGGCGCGGGCCUCGGGGCAGAGGGGCGCGGAGCACACCUGGGCUCGCGGCUGAGGCUCGGGGAAGGACGCGCGGGAGUCUGGAGGACCCGGCGAGCCUUCUGGGGUGGAGCGGAGCAGAGCGAGGGGCUGGGCCAGCGGUUCUUCCCAGGGGAAGGCCCGUGUGCCUAGGAAGAUUCGGGAUUUCUGAAGCGAAACACGCCCACGCGAGGCUCCAGGUGCGCGGCCGGAGUCCGUCCUGGCCCGCCCCGCGGCAGCCGGCGGCCGUGCCCGAGGACCGCGCGGGACAGGAGCCCGGCCGCCGCCGCGCGCGCCCUGCUCGGGGAGCCCCGGCCGCUCAGGGACCACACGGGAAACGCGAAGAAAUCCGCUGACUGUUACUGGAAACACGAAUUAGCUUUGACGCGUUUUAAGGCUGACCAGAGCAUCUUCUCUGAGACCAACCCUGAUAGAAGAGAGGCACAGUUAAUAGCUCCGAGGUGGGUGGGCCCCUGUAGUGGUGGUUAGUAUUUUGACUUGUGGACUUUUUUUUUAAUAGCUGUAACUUAGUCUACACUAGCAUCACUAAUACCUAUAGAAUCCUUUAUAAAGUCACUGAAAAAUGUCAAAAAAAAUUCAUUUAAAAUCUAAACACACUUGUCAAAUGUUAACAUACGAUCACCUGAAGAGGCUAAUGUAUAUGGCAUAUAUAAUUUGACCCUCAAAAGAAUUAAAGCUUGUGUC